UCUCUGUUUCUUUAUCCCUCAGCCUCACUUCCAUUCCCAUUUCACCAUGCCAUCAGAUCUGGAAGGCGCCAUGGAUGCACUGAUCCAUGUGUUUCACCGCUAUUCUGGCAAGGAGGGGGACAAGUACAAGCUCAACAAGGGAGAACUUAAGCAGCUGCUCAACUGUGAGCUGAGUGACUUUCUGGCGUCCCAAAAGGAUCCCAGGCUGGUGGAUAAGAUCAUGAGGGACCUGGACUCCAAUCAGGACAAUGAGGUGGAUUUCAAUGAGUUUGUCGUGCUAGUUGCUGCACUGACGGUGGCCUGCAAUGACUUCUUUGAAGAACAGCUGAAGCACAAGGGGAAGUAAGAAGUUGUGUUGGACUUUACCAAAAGUCCAGAGAGAAAUGUGAAUGAAAGUCUGUAAGCUCACUGGAGCUCACACUUUUUGUAACUCUACAUAUAUAAAGUGAAAAUUAAACUGUUUGAAAUGAAUUUGAAUAA